UCGCUCUGACAAUCAGCGGAAUCACACUCAACACCACACUCUCACUCACUCACUCUUUUUGAAACAGAGGCAGAGACACACACACAUCUCCUCAGUGUAACGCGGGGCAAGCACACCACAAACAGCAGAGAAUAGGAAAGAGGAAGAAAAGGAAGGAAAUAAAGGAGGAGAAAGGGAAAACAUUGAAUGGAGUUAUCUAACACUUAGAUUUUCUCAGAGGCUUUGAAAGGAGAACAGACACAGAGGAGUUGAGAGAAAAGGAAAAGAGGAGGAAGACAGAGGCAACCCUAGACACAGGUCCAGUGUCACAGUGACUCAGGCUCUUCACUGAAGACCCCUGGAUCCUGAACCCAUUUCACCUAGGAGCCCCUACCCCCACCCUCCUCCUCGCCCGAGCCCCACAGCCUGUGGGUAUCUUUCUGUACCUGUGUGUAUGUACCUCCCCCCUCCUCAUCCUCCCAACUCCAGAGCCCAUAGUCCACCAUGCUGUGGACUGUUCUCCUAGCCCUGCUGGUUCUCCUCCUACUGCAGACCCAGCUAUGUGUCUGUCUACGGGUGCUCAGAGUUGCCGGCUAUUCCUCCCCCUCAUCCUCCCCCUCUCGUAAUGCCACCAAGCAGCGACUACCUGGAGCCAUCAUCAUUGGCGUGCGUAAAGGUGGCACCAGGGCCCUCCUGGAGAUGCUCAACCUCCAUCCGGACGUAGAGGUGGCCAAGGCAGAGGUGCACUACUUCAACGUGGAAGAGCACUACCAGCGGGGGCUGGCGUGGUAUCGUUCCCAGAUGCCCUUCACCCUGCCUGGGCAAGUGACGGUGGAGAAAACCCCUGGCUACUUUGCCUCUCCCCAGGUCCCUCAGCGGGUCUGGGAGAUGAACCCUGCUGUCCGACUCCUGCUGAUCGUCCGGGACCCCGCUGAGCGCCUCGUCUCCGACUACACCCAGGUCCUCCAUAAUAGGGUGACCCGUCACAAGCCCUACAAGUCUCUAGAAGAGCUGCUGCUCCGCCAGGGCCACAUUGUCCCGGCCUACAAAGCCCUGCAGAGGAGUCUGUACCACCAACACCUGGACCGCUGGCUGGAUGUCUUCCCCAGGGAGCAGGUCCAUGUGGUGGACGGAGAGGCCCUCAUCAGAGACCCCUUCCCAGAGCUCCAGAGGGCGGAGAGGUUCCUGGACCUGCUGCCCCGCAUCACUCCCUCCAACUUCUACUUCAACACAACUAAAGGUUUCUACUGCCUCCUCUCUGCCGGGGGCCAUGACAAGUGUCUGGAUGAGUCCAAGGGCAGGCCCCACGCUCCUCUCAGCUCCCGGGCCUUCAGGAAGCUCUGCCGAUACUUCAAAGAACCCAACCGCCUGUUCUUUGAAAUGGUGGGACGUUUCUUCUCCUGGUGCUGACUGUGCAUCAAGAAACAAAAGGCCCUUUAUUGCUCUGAUACCACCUUUAAUGGGACAGAGAGAGGGGACAGACAGGGCCAACUGGAGAUAUUGGCCAUAAUAGCAAAGAUUUGGGAUGCCUUUGAAAUGGUUACCUGUUCCCUAUGUAGUGCACUACUUUUGGGCAGAGUGGGUACCAUUUAGAAUGUAAUCUUAGAGAUGCUUAGAGACACUAAGAGCAGGUCAACAGUGAAAGGACAUGGGCCUGUGUGAAGUUACUGUUGAUUGAUUGGACGGAUAGAUAGAUUGGUGUGUUGACUGUCAGGUAGGUGGGUGGAUGGGAUGAAUGGACGAAUAGAUUGGUGUGCAGACUGUUGAGUGUGCGGAUGGAUUAAUUGAUAUGUUAAUUGAAGGGUGUGGGUGGAUGAAUUGACUGAGAGAUGAAAGGAUAAAAGCACGGAUGCACACAGACGAUUUUAAAGAUCUUUAGAGGUGUUACGUUUUGAAUGUUCUCAAUUCUCUUACUGUCAAUGAGCUGAACCAAGCCAGGCCUGGGAGUGAAAAGCACAACAAGGAUAGACUGUAUAAGAUAACUCUCACUGAGGGACACUAUUUCUAACUACCCAUAGAAAUAGAUGAUGGGUACAUUCAAUAUGGCAGCCGGUCCACCCAUCAUGGAACAUUGACUUGAAUGGGAAUGUCCAUUCUAAUGAUUUGUUUUUUUUUAUGGUACUACCUGCUGGAGAACAUGAACUGAAGUGCCCAUUCUCUAAUACUGUAUGCCUGGUGGUCCUAAUACCACCUGAUCAUGACUCUUGCUGGUGCCUGUCAUCGUUGGCCUUGGUUGCACAAACUGGAAUGUAAUCGAGUGUAAGAAAAUAACUACAAUAAACUGUACCAUACAAUUGUAUCGUGAACAAUCAAGUUAAAAACAAAUCUUGUCAUUUUGAUGGUCAUUAAAAUGAGUUUCAGAGCAGAUACCAUUGGAGGAAAUGUAUAAGUGUACAGAAAAUAGAGGGUAGAAGAAUGUUUUGAAAUUAGAUGGGGCUUAUUGUUGCACUAUAACUGAAUGCUUAAUUGCAUAAAAGGUAAGUCCAUCUGUAGAUCUACUGUACCAAUAUGAAGCUAUUUCAAACCGAGUCUGAUGAUUUAGACUGCUUACCAUUUUCACAAAAUUGAUUACCAAUAUAAAAAGUAUGCCUGUGAGCUAAAAUAAUGUCCUCAUUUAGAUAAUCAUGUGUACUUAUCUUGUUAUUAUUCUUUCAAAUGUUCAAUAGAAAUGUAUAUUUUUGGGAUUGUUGAAUUUAGAUUUUAAGGUGUUUGAGCUGUAAUGCAUUGUAAAUAUGUUUUCUAAAAUCUUCUUCAAUAAAUAUGUACUGGUGUACUUUAA